UGGAAUCUCAAGCCCUCGUACUUCUCAUUCAGAAGAAGGGGAGGGAGGGCAGACAUGGACAGACGUGCGGUGGAACCCAACUGGAUGACCCUUUUAUUUUGUUAGCUGUGUGUGCUGUUGUGAGGAUCUUUUUCAGGAUAUGUGUGUGUAUGUGUGUGGGUGAAAUGUGUAUCUUGUCUUAUCAUAGGCCUUGACCAUCUAUCCACAUAAUCUAUGGACAUUGACCUGAGGAUUACAGAAGAUUUGUUCAGAGCAGACUGAGCCUCAGCUGAAGUUGUAGAUUUAGUUUGUUUGUCUGUUUGGAGCCCCUCAAAUAGAGAAGACAUGGUUUCUGUUAUAGUAAAGACGUGACUCCCCUUAUACAUCUGCACACUGCAAGGCCAUAGCAGCAAAUCCUUCAAGCCUCGAACAGCUUGAAGUGAGAGAGAAAGAGUGAGAUUUGUGUACUAAAUUAAGUGAAGGGGGCGGGGGAUUUAAAGAAAAGACACAGGGGGUGUUUCUUGCCCCUCUUUCCCCUUUUUUUCUCUCGCUGCUGGUCUCCUUGGUCACACACAUGCACACAUCCUAACACACACACACCAACACUGACGAGGGCUCAGUCCUGCUAUGGCCACCACCACCACCACCGAGGAGAGCUCUCCGGUCCCGGCCACCAUAGCACCCCAGCAGCCUGACUUGGAAACUAGCGUAGGACCCGGCUCAGCGGCGAUGCCUGAGCCCAGCGAGGCCCAACGUGACAGAGAGGAAAAAGAGGAUGAGGAAGAGGAGGAAGUUGGCGGAAGCUCUGUGCAAGUGCAGGAGAAUGCAAGAGGGCAGAGUCUGGACCCCGAGUGGGUGGAGGAGAGGUUCAGGAUAGACAGGAAGAAGCUGGAGAACAUGUUGUAUGCUCCAAAGCAUGGAGAUGAUGAGACAGGAGAGGAGUUUUUUGAGAGAGUGAUGAGAGAAACUGACACUCAGGUGAGAUGGCCGUCCAAGCUGAAGAUUGGAGCCAAGUCAAAGAAAGAUCCGCAUGUGAAGGUGGAAGGGAAGAGAGACAAUGUCUUGGAAGCCAAAAAGAAGAUUCUAGAAGUGCUGGAAACCAGGGUCAACAAGGUGACUUUAAAGAUGGACGUGGCCUACACAGAGCACUCCCACGUGAUUGGUAAAGGUGGUGGAAACAUCAAGAAGGUGAUGGAGGUCACAUCGUGUCACAUCCAUUUCCCCGACUCCAACCGGCACAACGGUACGGGAGAGAAAAGCAACCAGGUCUCCAUCGCUGGACCCAUAGAAGGAGUGGAGGAAGCCCGGAGGAGGAUAAGAGACCUGCAGCCAUUGUCCUUGACCUUUGACCUCCCAGUCAGCCUGGUGCCCCAGGCCCUGCCAGAUGCAGGCUCCCCACUCAUCCAGCAGGUAGUGCAGACGUUGGGGGUCAGUGUGAGCUUCAGGGCCGUGCCACCUCAUCCUCAGGCACAACCCAACUUCUAUGAAAGCUGCUGCACCGUCUGGGGCCUGCAGGGCAACGCAGCUGCUGUCAAGAAGGCGACCUGCAUCCUGAUGGAUCUGUUGCUGGGGUCAGAGGUCGCAGGCGGCAUAGUGAGCAGCCAGAUGGAUGUCACCUCCCAGCAGCAUCUCUUCCUGUUGGGGCAGAACGGAGCUCACUUCCUGAGCGUCAUGCACCAGACCCAGACCCAGAUCAUCCUACCAGACCUCAGUGCUCCUCAGAGCCCUCCGUCCCUGCUCAUCCAGGGCAGCCCUCACGGAGUGUGCCUGGCUCGGCAGCAGCUGAUGGACUGUCUGCCUGUGUGUUUGAUGUUUGACAUGCGCGAAGAUGGGGAGGCAGAUCCGUGUAAACUGGCUCAGAUGAUGCAAAACCUGGGAGUCUUCAUUAGUGUCAAACCCAAAGUAAAACAGACCAGCAAGUCAGUGGUGGUGAAAGGUCUGGAAAGGAACAUCUCUUGUCUUCAUGAGGCCCGUCGUCUGCUCCUCGGGUUGGAUUCCUGUGAGACUGCCAAGGUAACCGAGAUGACCCCUGAACCCACGCUAGCCGGCAGCGGGCUGGCCAACUAUUGGCUCAACAUGUUGCUGCAGCAGCUUCGUCUCUCUGAGCAGGGCUCUGUGCCAGCUAUCCCUCCAGAGCUGCUGACUGGUACUAAGCUCCGCCCCUCACCUCCACCAGGUCUCACCUCUCACGCUGACGAGGGGAGGACAGGACUGAAGGGAACAGACAGCCGGCCGCUGGAGAAGAUCCUAGAAAAUGAGGACCAGUCUGGCCAAUCAGAGGAUGAGAGCUCUAAUGUUGAGGUGUGUGAUGCAGUCAGCAGCAUCAGCAGGGUGGGAUUGAUGGGUCGGAGGGGGAGUCUGCAGGGUCCUGAAAUUACAAAGGUUUUCAACCACGGCAGACGGCAUUCAACAGGGCAGGCGCUAACAUACAGAUUGCUGAACGCAGAGAUGGAGGGAGGGAGGAGUGAGCGAAGAAACAGCCUGAGGAGAGAUGUAACGAUGGCUCAGGAUGUUUGCGCUGACUCAUCCAAGGCUGAGGAUUAUGACUAUGAGAGGAAGAAACUGCUGGCAACUAGAGCCAUGCUGAGGAAGCCUGUGCUCACAGAGGUCCAGACGCCUACUGACACCUGGAGUGGCCUCGGCUUCUCCAAGUCCAUGCCGGCCGAGGCCAUUAAGGAGCUCCGCAACAUCAGCCGACGUAGCUACAAACCGUACCUGAGCAUCAGCAAUAGCCAUCAACAGUCCUGGGCUGCUCAGAUGGGAAAGGUGUGUAAUGGGAGCAACCGUGACAACUGGAGGGACAGACAUGGAUCCACAUCUUUAUCCCUUCUUGUCUCCCCCUCCUCUUCCUCUUCCUCCUCCUCCUCCUCCCCCUCCUCACCCCCGUCCACUUUCGCCUCAUCCACCUCCUCCUUCCCUGCAUUUGCAGCCUCAAUGAAUAGAAGCAGAAAUGACAAACCCUCGGAGAGCUUCCCAGGCAGCAGCAGCAGCUACUUUGAAGGUGUGUGCUCAUCGAGGAGGGCGUCAAGCUGCAGUCAGCGGAGCCCCUCCCCCCAAAUGAUAGAUGACCUGCCUGAGCUGCUCAGCCAACUUGGCCUAAUUAAAUACAUUGACGUGUUUGAACAACAAGAGAUCGACUACCAGACGUUCCUCACUCUGUCUGAUGAGGAUCUGAAGGAAGUGGGCAUCUCCACCUUUGGAGCCAGACGCAAGAUGUUAUUGGCAAUCUCAGACCUGACCAAGAGUAAGAGGAGGCUGUCAGAUACACCUGCAGUGAAGCCUGGCUACUUGGAGGGUGGUGCUAGUGGCCGAUUACCGCGAAUCAUGGAUCUAGAAGUUGCGGCUCAGAGUAAUCGCUGGUGAGAGGAGAAUCCCAGCAGCUCUGAGCUCCACCUGACUGACGUGGAGCUAUUCAGCCUCUAAACAAGUAUACAGUGAUGCUGUUGGCAGAGCAGAGGUUAAAUCUGCUUGUUAUUCACUUUUUUAUUAUAAAUGGAUAAGCAUGUUGCCCAAAAUGCAGGAAACAUUAUGUAAACCUUUGAGUCCAGUGCCUCUAAUCUACAGCCAAAUCCCAAAGUUUUUUAUACAAAACCAAGACAAGGAGGUCUUCCCUUCCAAACAAGAAAGAAACUGUGUGUUUAAUUCCAUGAUAACCACUACAUUUAUGUAAUUGUAAAUAGAUAUUUACAAAAAUAAAUUACAUUGUACUAUGAUAGUGACGAAAAA